CAAUGACCGAGCAGCGAAUCCUCCGCAUUCCGCGCGCUGACGUCGGCGCCGGGCCAGUCCUGCUGUCUGUGACCAGCAAUGGGCCCCAACCGCUCGACCUCAAGCUGAUCGGCACCGACGGCGUUGAACCCUUCGUCGGCUCCAUCGAACAUCGCCGCUGCGCCCGGCUGAAGGCUUCACACGGCACCCAGCCCGAGUGGGAGGCCGCUCUGUCGCGCGUGCUGCUGCAACACAAGUCCCAUGACGCCAAUGCUAAUUUCCUGGGUCUCGAAGCCGUGGCCGCCGAGGGCCGCGACGGCAGCGAUCGCCAAUUAACAAUCACACUGCGCAACAGCAUUGGCGGUAUCACGCAACGCCUGGGCGUAAUUACGCUUAAGCAUGUCCCCGACGAGGAAAUUGACAUCUUUCACUGGACUUCCGUCGCCGUCCGCGCCGCUACGUCAGUCCAAGCCGACUUCGACAGUCUGCAGCUCAAGUAUGACGCGCAGCAAGCAACCAUAGAUCGCCUCAAUGCCCAGCUUCAAGACCUCGUCCAGGCCAAACAGGACCACGAAACGUCCCUGCUCGCCAAGUUCCAGGAGCUCCUGAACAGCAAAAAACUUAAAAUACGAGACCAGCAAAGGCUGUUGUCCGGGGCUAAGGUGGACCCUGAUGCGGCUGCCGCCGUCGAUAGCGCCAGAGGCUCGAAGAAAGUCUGUCAACCUCGUAAAGCAGGGACUUCCCGGACGUCGAAACGCAAGGCGGACAGCGCUACGCCACCCGUAUCAGACUCGGGUGAGAGCGUCGACAAUGAAAUGCAGAUCGACGACGGAACCGAGGGGCGAGAGGAAUACCGUACAACACCUGAUCAUUCUGAUCUAGAUGAGACAGAAGACGACGAUGAUGACGAUGAAGGCCUCGACGCUGUCCCCACUUCCCGUCCAACCAAAGCCGGUGUUGGGUCAAAGGGCAAGGCUGUCGAGAGUGUGACGACGCAGAAGAAGACGUCUCCCAGUCAACAGAGCCUGGACGACCUUCCCCCUCGGCGGGAGCUGCCCUUCGUCCGGGAGGCAAACGCACCCGCGACCACUAAAAAGCCAGAGCCCGCACCGAAGGCGCAGGUCGACGACGAUGACGACGAAACGACCGACGACGAGCUGUAGGCAUACCUACAAUGCGGCAUCCUGCCUGCAGCCACGUCACUGAAUGCUCUGCAGCUGGUAUUGGAACAGCCAUCUGUUUGAUGGUUGUUCGCCAGGAGGGGUGUUUGUGUUCCGCGGUGUGUCAGAUUCCCGUUGGAGAGAGGCCAAAAGGAACGUGGAAGUACUAGCUGGACGUGCACAGAACAGAGGAAGAAGCAGGAAGAAGAAGAAACAUGCACCAAAUAUAGUUGCAUGCAGACAAACAGAUGACA